AUGUUAUCAUCAUUUUUGACCACGCAUAUUACGUUCGCACUUGCUCUAGGUGCCGCCAUCGUCCAGGAUGCCUACAUCGAUGUAUCUGUUGCAACAUUAUGGACCGAUUCUAGCAAACCUCGCGCCAUAGACCAGCCUGCCCUGACGAACCCGGCACGCAUCGAACAAUGGCUGAAUUCCAUGAAUGUUUCACAGUACCGCGAUCUUACCACUGACAGCCGCACCCAAACCCAGGCAUUGUAUGGUGCUCGAGUUGAUAUCCUCGACGAGAAGAAUGGCUGGUACGAAGUUGCUGUCCCUGGACAGGCCACCCCAAAGAACACACUUGGCUACCCCGGCUGGGUCCCUUCUACUCAGGUGUCCUUCGAUGCCGGCUAUGGUAGGCUGCAAUCGAGUAAAUCAUUUGCACUGGUUGAUAAGGUCGCGACUGCUGCCAUCUAUCGAGAUGCCCAACUGAAAUCAAAGUUCAUCGAAAUCAGCUACGACACCAGGCUGCCAGUUCUCGGUCAUACUGGAGAAGCCAUUCAGGUUGCAGUUCCUAGCGGUGGCUCAGCUUACCUGUCAGCUCACGAGGCAACUGUGUACAACUCUGAGUCUGAAAUUCCAUAUCCAUCCAAGCUGGAUCUGGUGAAUGCGGCAAAGCUGUUCGUCGGUCGACCAUACCUAUGGGGCGGCACAUCGGGCUUCGCCUUUGACUGCUCCGGGUUCACCCACACCCUCUACCAUGCACAUGGCAUCACAAUUCCAAGGGACGCCGAUGCUCAGGCGGAUUUUACUGGUCAUGGCGUACGAGUUUCCAAGGCGCAGCUGGAAGCGGGCGACCUUAUCUUCUACGCGAGCAACCAAAGCGAUCCAAGUACCAUCUACCAUGUCGCGAUGUAUGCAGGCAAUGGAGAGAUGGCGGAGGCUUACGAUGCUGGUACGCCAGUGAGGUUCACAUCUGUUCGCUUCGGCGAUGACUAUUGGGGCGCUGAGCGGUUUCUGAAAUAA